AUCUGAGGACCUCUCCCUGACAGCCAGCUAAAAAUCACCGCACCUUUGGAAUAUUCCUGAAGACGGAAGUGAGCGCUCCUGUUUUCUCACCAAGCCUCUGAACGCAGCGCAUGCAUGUCAGUCUCCGAAUGCUUGUUUACAUGUGUUGGGUACACCUGUGAGUUAUUCCCGAAGAUAGUUCGGAGCUGUCAUUUGCCUCUGAGUAUCACCCCGUGCGGUAUGGCAGCAGCAGCGGAGGAUACGGAGGAGCGUGGCCGCAGCAACAGCACCAGCGGCGGGGCGGUGCAAGGAGCGCUAACAGGUGACGGCGAACCUGAGGAGGCCGAGGAGUUCACCUGUUCGGCCUACUGCUCGGAGCUCUCCCGGCGGCAGAACGAGCAGAGGAAAGCCGGGCUGUUCUGCGACGUGACUCUGGUGUUCAGCUCGGGAGCCGUGCCCGGGGUCCAGACGGUAUCCGCGCACCGCUCGGUUUUAUCCGCGGCGUCGCAGUACUUCAUGCUGCUGCUGUCCGGACAGUUUUCAGAGUCCCGAUCCGGGCGAGUGGAGCUAAAGGAGUGGAGCUCGGGCACGAGACCCGACACAGACACUGUGGAAAGUGUCGUACAGUUCAUGUACACGGGAGAAGUCAGGGUGACCACUGCCAAUGUGCAUGAAGUGUUGGAACUUGCAGACAGGUUUCUGCUGGGGCAGCUGAAGACCUUCUGCGGAGAGUUCCUGAUGAGGAAGUUGAGCAUGUCCAACUGCGUAGCCGUGCACAGCCUUGCACACAUGUACACGCUGAACCAGCUCGCUCAGAGAGCCGCCGAGACGAUCAGGAGAAACUUUCACAAAGUCAUUCACAACGAGGAAUUCUUCACACUGCCCUUUCACUUGGUGCGAGACUGGCUGUGUGAUGCAGAAAUCACCGUGGAGUCUGAGCAGGAGUUGUUUGAGGCGAUCGUGAAAUGGGUCCACCACAACCCAGAGGAGCGAGAGAAGCAUUUUGAGGACCUGUUCAAACUUUUAAGGCUCCCACAGAUCGCUCCUACUUACCUGACGCGUGUCGUGAGGAAGGAGCCCUUAGUGGCAAACAGCGCGGCUUGUCUGGAGCUGGUGUCCAGUGCGCUCGAGGUCCACGCUGUUCGUUAUGAGAGCCCCAAGAAGGCUGAUUCAGAUCUCGGUGACUCCUACGAGGCGACGAUCCAGCCUCGAUACGGUCAGAACAUGGAUGUGAUCAUGGUAGUGGGUGGUGUUUCGGAAGGAGGAGAUUAUUUGAGCGAAUGUGUGGGCUACUUUGUUGCUGAGGAUCGCUGGGUCAGUUUGCCACACAUCCACAACCACCUCGAUGGACAUGCUAUUGCUGUCACCGAGAAUCACCUUUAUGUGGCGGGCUCAAUGGAGCCCAGCUUCGCCAAGAUGGUGGAGCGCUACAAUCCUAACCUUAACUGCUGGGAGUCGGUCAGCAGCCUGACCACACGCAAGCAUUCGUUUGGCCUCACGUGCAUCAAAGACACACUCUACAUCAUCGGCGGCCAUGGCAACUUCAGUCCAGGUUUCAAGGAUGUCUCCAUUUAUGAACCUGAGCAGGACAUGUGGCUCAAUCUGGAGCCAGCGCCAAAGAUCCUGCGAGAUGUAAAAACAGUGAGCGUGGAGGAUCGCUAUGUGUACGUAAUGGCCAGGACCCCCGUAGAUAUAGACAGCGAUGAUGGGCUGAGCACGGUGACCACCUGCUACGAUACAGAAAGCCGCAAGUGGCAGGAAGUGGACUCGUUACCGCUUAUUGAUACCUAUUGUAGUUUUCAAAUGGCUGUUGCAUCCAGCAACUUCUAUCACACAGCUUCCUGUUGCCCCAAGAACUACACGGUAACACAUGAGGCCGCCCAGCAGAAAAUAAGCAGAAACAUCUCAGAGGACAUCCUCGACAGCCUCCCGUCAGAGGUCCUCAGCCUGGAGGGUGCAGCCAUUUGCUACCUGGGUGAAGACAUCUUCAUCAUUGGCGGGUGGAGGAACAGCAACCACGUAGAAAAGCAGUACCGCAAGGAGGCCUACCGCUACUGCGCCAAGAGGAAGCGCUGGAUGCUGCUGCCGCCCUUGCCCCAGCCACGCUGCCGUGCGGCGGCCUGCCACGUUCGCAUCCCGUACCAGUACCUCUAUGGCUCCCAGCGUUACCCCGUCCCCCACAACCUGGCUCACCAGCGAGACCGCAUGCAACAGAUGCAGCAGCUCCAUCGGCGCACCCUCAGCCUGCGGAGGCAAAUGCAGUCUCAGAUUGAAUGUUAAGAAUCAGAUAUUCUGCUUUAAGUCAUUAGCACUUCAUCUGCUGAUAAAUGCCUUGCUGUCAUCUCAA